GCCACAAAUGAAUUUAUGUUCGCAUUUUGUGGCGGUGAGGACGAAACAAAUCGUAUUUCGUAUUCUGACUGCAUGGGUUUGCUCAAUGUGGAAGAGGGAAAUAUUUUUGAUGUUACGAUUCUGUGCCUAAGAUUAGACGAAGUGGUUACAUUAGCCGAACAGGAGAAAAGAUGAGUGUGGAAGUGAAUUUGCAAGGGAUGCCUUCCCACUUUCUCGAUGGUGUCCAGAAACAAGAGACCAUUCAGUUUGACAGGUCCUUUUCCAAAUUCAAAGUGGCUCCUUGGGAUCCUACUCCUGUUGGAGAGGCUGUGAAUCUCCACCUUUCAUAUUACAGAAACCCCAGAGUCCUCCUCUCAGAGAAAGCAUUACGCUUAACUUACCGUCACGCAAGACAGAACAAUAAUCCCCAGUUCACCUGCUUCUUGCUUGGUACAUUCACCGUGGACAGAGAUGAAGAGGGGGUGACCCUGUCUUUGGAUCGCUUGGACCCUGGCAGGGAGAAGUCAGGCUCGGGACGAAAGGAGCCCAAUUCCUUCCUGCCAGGUGAUGUGGUGGUGCCCUGUUUAUUUGAGAUUCAGCAUGCCGGCCUUCGAACCAACAAUGUGCCUGCACACUAUGCAGAUGACCUCGGUGCAUCUUUUAAGAUACUUCAACAAAGCUGCACCAGCAAAAAGACUAUGGAGCUUUCUCAGCUGCUCAUGCUGCGGGGCUGGCUCAGCUGCACAGAGAACAGCGACUGCCUUAACUUCGAUCUGCAUUGGGCAGGCUUCACCCUUGCAACCAUGCUAAAGGCCACUCCGAUCAAAAGCAUACCGAUCAUUCCCACUGCUCUGGCCCGGAACCUGAGCUCCCCGAUCAACCUGGCACAGCCCCUCAACGCAGUUAGCCAAAAGCGAGGGUUUUUGAGCAUGGACCAGACCGGCAAGCUACUGUUAGUGCUAGAAUCUGAUCCCAAGGUCUACACCCUCCCACUGGUUGGAGUAUGGUUUUGUGGAGUCACACACAUCCAUAGCCCUCAGGUGUGGGCAUGGUGCCUUAAGUACCUCUACAGCUCCUCUCUUCAGGAAAGGGGUUUGUCUGAAGGAAGAGGGUUUCUGGUGGUGCUAUAUUCCUUAACCCACAGAGAGCCAGAAUUCUACCAAUGCCAGCCAACCACCAGAGAGAACCACAAUAUGGAGUUGCUUCUGCUAACAAGUACAGAGUCCCUCACACUCUACAAGAAUUUGGAGCCCAAAGACAGAAAACCCUUGUCAUUUGAACUCAGCGCUGGGAGUGAAAACCAGGACACAGAGUUCUAUAAGGAAGUGAUGUCUCACGCUGCCUCUAGCAGGCAUGUCACUGGAGCUAAAGUGGCAAGCUCUCCUCAACAUCGGCUAUCCAUCAAUGAACAUGACUCAGGGGUUGAGGAUGAGGAUCUUUCCCCGAGACCAUCCCCAAACCCCCACCCAGCUGGAGAACAGGUGAGACAGGUGCAGCCCACAGUACCAGAGCUGUCUUUGGUAAUGGAUGUCAGCUUUGUGGCUGGGACGACAAAGCCUCCCGAUGCAACUCCGCAGCACCUUCCCAAUCCCACCCUACAACAAAGGAAGAUUUUUGGGCUCCCCAAAACCCAUAAAGAAUUCCAUGUCGGUGGACAGAACAAGCUCAAUUCCUGCCCCCCAAUGAACAGAACUGUAGCUCAAACCAUGUCUAAAGAGGGUUGUGAAGGGCCAACUGGAUUUUCACAAUCACCGUUGCCUUUGUUGUCCUCCCCACCUAGGAUGGCUACUUUACCCGAUGGGUCUUGUGACCUGUUUAUGCAGCAUUCUACUUUAGGCUAUGCCCAGGAAUCCAAACCUUACUCCCCAGAUCAGUCUGUAAACUCACAAUCGCCCCGUAGUAGAUUCUCUGGUUCCACCCCUACUCAGCCCCUGCCACAAUUGUGUAUGUUUCCCAGCAGCACCUCUUUAAAGUGUGUCAAUAAGCCAUGUAGCUGCUGCCAACACCACUACACUGCUCUGUCGUAUCACUCCCAACCUUGGCCAGAGACGCCCCUAUCCUCGGAUCCGAUGACUCCCACACACCCUGCCACAGUUUCUCGUGUUCCCAAAUCGACUCCUCCCACAGGCUGUCGCCUGUCGCCACCUCACCGGACUUCCCAUCAAGGCCCAGUGUAUGUCUCAAGGACCCCACCACAUGUGGACUGUUUGCAGCACAGCUCCCACAUCAAGCGCCGCCAGAGCCAUCCAGUGCCAUCUGUGAGCCAGGGUUGUCAGAGCCAGAAUGCCUGCCUGGCUGCGUCUGAUGCUUGUUUUAACAUGGCGCCAGUAGAUGCUUAUAGAAUUCUUAUGGACCAGGACCGGCAGCUGAAACUUCUGCAGUCACAGAUUCACAAGCUUCUGGAGGCCCAAAGCCAGGGAACGUCAUCUCGGCUUUCUGACUCCUCGCAUCAGUCAGGGGAGAAGCAUGCCGGACUAAGCCCGGGUCAAAAACUGACAACCCCCGAACCCAAGAAGAACAGUGUCAGCAUUGCCAUAGGAACAGGUGCUAGUCUGUUUUGUGGCAAUAAUGAGGAUGAGUGGUGGAGAGGUGGUACUCCAGGAACUCCCAGCAGUGGCUCGGCCCAUUCAAGACGGUCCAGUACCACAGCCAUGAGUGAAACGCACACAAACAGGAUAAAGGACCCUGAGGAUGAGACCAGGAGCAGUGAUCAGAACCGCAAGGAAUCACAACAAAUGAGCCCAGGUGUGUCUCAUUCUUUUCAGAGCCUCAUGCUUGGAGAGAGUGCCAGCAUGUGUUACCAGUUCCCAUCAACUACUACAGAGGAGUCACAUGGAGAAAGUGUAGCCGCCGACCAAAGGUUUUUUCAAGAUUUACUGGGUCAAGUAAAUGAUCGUCUUCAGGACACGUCGAAAGGAGAGCUAAGAAGUUCCAAAAGUGAAUACAGGACUGCACCAGCUGCAGAGACGGCCCCAUCUCCUGUUGUAGCCCAAGCCAGGGAGGCUUCUUCUCCCAACUGUCGGUCUCCAGCACCCUCUUUGAAGGCUUUGUCUCAAUCUGACUCCUCUCAUGAGGGGGACCAGGUGUACAACGCGACUGUGAAACACCUAGAGAAGUUGGGUGUCAACGUUGACUCCAAAGGCAAAAGCAUGUCUUCUAAUGCUGCCGUGGAGAGUGUCAGCACGCUGGCGUCCAUCAACCCUGAGGCAGUGAUCCCCAGGAUAGCUGUGUGUGACUUCGUGGGUGCUAGCAUGUUGGCACCUGGAUGCAGUGCUGACCUUAGUCUGGAGGCCAACUCAAUUGCCCUCAAGUAUCUGAGUGACGUCCAGCUAUCUCACCUCUCUUUCAAAAGGGAAGCAAAGGAGACCUCUAAUGCAAUUCAACCUAGUGUGGAUUUUCUGAGCAAGACCUUAACAGGAGAGAGGACUGCAGCAGGCCUUAGCAUUCUGUCGCCUACUAACAUGUCCUUAGCCACACAUAAAUACAUGAAGCGAUACGGACUCAUUGAAAGGGCCGACAGUGAGGAGGACCUGCAGGAGCAACAAGAUGGCAUGGGUCAUGACACUAUGUUGGACUGCUCGGCACAAAUGGACCGCUCCAGGAGCAGUGAUGAUUUUCACAAAGGCAUUAAUGUGCCAUCUUCCCCACCAGGACCCCACAGCUCCCCCCACCUUGCGAAUGAAGGCCUGGUUUUUAGUGACGUACACAAGCUUUUGCACGGUCGUAACCACACAGAGAAGACUGGCACAAGAGAGAUCACUCGGAAGCCACCCUCCGCUUUAGAGAAUCGGUCUCCACUGGGGACCGUGGACACGCAGGGCUCUGUUGGCAAUUUCCUUGACCUUAGCCGAUUGAGGCAGCUCCCCAAACUAUUUUAAAGAAAAGCAGUUAUUUCUUUUAAAUGUCACGUGAAAUAAGAGGAAAUGGAUUUUAGAAUGCAGGCACAGCUCAUUCUCCUUACAGUGUCAAUGUGCAGUUCAGAACAAUGCAACUUUGCUCCGAGGUCCAAAUGAGAAAUGUCUUUAAUGUUGAAAUGCAGAGAUGUUUCUAUUGGUAUUGUUGAAUCUCUGUGUGCUCUUGUUUGGGUAUUUUAACCAUGGUAGUUUUAUUACUCAAAUUCUCCAAUACAUUACAUGUGUGUUGUGUGCUGUUUAACUACUAAUUAACUAUUUUUGUUUCAAUGAAAUGCCUCACCUUACGUCAUUUUGCACAGUUGGUAUUUAUCAAGUUUUUUAUUAAUAAAAAUGUUUUAAUAUUA